UCUUUCCAAGGGAAACUUGAUCAGAACGCAGAACAUUGAUCUGAGAAUUAUUACAUAUUACCAGCAGAGGAACUUUCACAGGAGUAGAUAGAGAUCGAUCAAAGCUCUCCCAUGUCAAGUUUAAGUAAUACAAGGAGGAGAUUAGCAUGUUGCAAUUUUCACUUUGAUGUUCAGAAUCCACUAUUUCAUGCUGGUCACAGAACACGCACACUGGAUGUUCAGAUCCAACGUGCGGCUCUAGAAGGAGACUGGAACACCGCGGAACGUAUUCUGAGAACCAAUCCGAAUUACAGUCGCGAAAGGAUUACGAAAAAAGGAGAAACAGUCCUUCACCUGGGCACAGCGGCGAAAAGGAGAGGAUUUGUGCGGCGGCUGGUCCACGUUUUGAACCCAGAAGACUUGGAAGUGAAAAACGAUGUGGGAUGCACGGCUUUUAGUUACGCAGCCAUGUCGGGAGUGGUUGAAAACGCUAAGGUGAUGAGCGAGAAGAACGGGAAAUUAUGGAAUAUCCGGGAUGAGAAGGGUGAAACGCCAAUCCAUCACGCGGUUGUGAUGGGGCAUAAAUCCAUGGUUGCAUUCCUCUGUCACAUCACGGACUUCUCCGAGUUGGGGGACUGGGAGAUCAUUUGGCUCUUGGAAGCCACUAUUCAGAACGAUAUGUACGACGUGGCAACGACAAUGUUAACCCAGUGUACACCUUUGACCUUAACAACGUUAGAUCGGAAUCAAAUAUUGUUGGACGUUUUAGCUCGAAAGCGUAUUGGUGAGAGCCGCCGAGAAGGAAUUAUGGAAACAUUUCUUCUUGCAACUUCUAAUGUGCUUCCCUCACUGUUUUUCUCAAAUUGGAUGAAACAAAAGUGUUUGGGCAAGGAGCAAGGCAGAAGGCUAUUUGAAAAGAUUUGGUCAGAGUGUACAUCCUUAACCGAUGGUGAGUUCCUGGAGCUAAUCAGGCGUAAAGAGAUACUCCACUAUGCUGCAAGAGAGGGGAAUGUUGAGUUUCUAGACAUGAUUCUUCACAACAACCCAGACCUCUUGUGGGAGCUCAAUCAAAAAGGACAGACCAUUCUCCAUGUCGCUGUGUUAUAUCGACAGAAGAAAGUCGUCCAUCUUAUUUGCAACGUACGAGGUUACAAAGAUUUCAUCGUUCUCCUCGAAGACGAUGACCGCAACAACGUUUUGCAUUUGGCAGCCACACUGCAGGGAUUGCAAAACAGCAGCACCCCUUCUCAAGAUCACGAUCACUCGUUAUUGCUUAAGCAACUACUUAUUAUGUUGGACGAGCGGGAGGAAGAGAAGAUUAUGCCACAAUCACUUCUCCAAUUAUCCACAGCAGCCCUUCAAUUUGAAAGAGAGAUCUCAUGGUUUAAUGAGGUGGAGAAGAUUGUGCCAUCAUCACUUCACAACAUGAGAAACAACGAUGACAAAACCGCAAAGCAAUUGUUUUCAAAAGAGCACAUGGCGUUAAAGAUAGAGGGCGAAAAAUCCAUCAGAGACACCGCAAACUCAUGCAUGCUCGUGGCAACGCUAAUCGCCACCGUUGCAUUCGCCGCCGCCUUCACCUUACCGGGCGGCAACGAAGAACGCACAGGAACUCCCAUAUUCAUAGCGCAAACAACGUUUACCAUUUUCACAAUAUCCGAUGUGGUGGCGAUGAUCAGCUCAAUGCUCUCAAUCGUCACGUUCUUGUCCAUCCUAAUUUUGCGUUACACGGAAGAUAACUUUCGUGUGGCGCUGCGGAGAUUGUUGUUUGGACUGGCGGCACUGUGUGUUUCUAUAGGUGGGAUGCUCGUUGCUUUCACCGCGGGAUUCUUUGUGGUGUAUGGGAAGGCGUGGCAGACAAUUGUGAUCGCUGCGUUUGCGGGUGUGCCGGUUGCGUUGUUUUUGCUGCUCAAUUCAAAGCUUUGGUUUGACACUAUUGCGUCGGUGUUGCUUAACUAGUUUCACUUUCAUUACAAAUCGAUUGCUUUCCAGGAUAAUUAUUGAAUAGAUUUGGCUGAUACUGCAGUUGUGUUGAACUGAUACUACUGUUGUGUUGAAAGGGAACUGC